AGUGGGUCCGCGUAACGCCAGCACGUCCCGUGCGCCGCCUGCACUGCCGGAAGGGAAGGUGGCGGCGGCCGGGCGGAAGUAGCGGGGACCCGGGCCUCGGCCGCGGAGGGGCUCCAGGAAGAUGUUACCAAGCACUUCAGUGAAUUCCCAGCUGCAGGGGAACGGAGCCUUGAGUUCCAGGGAUGCAGCAAGACAUACAGCUGGAGCAAAACGCUACAAAUACUUGAGAAGGCUUUUCAGGUUUCGGCAGAUGGACUUUGAGUUUGCUGCCUGGCAGAUGCUCUACCUGUUCACUUCCCCACAGAGGGUUUACAGAAACUUUCACUAUCGAAAGCAGACAAAGGAUCAGUGGGCCAGAGAUGACCCUGCCUUCUUGGUUCUGUUGAGUGUCUGGCUCUGUGUGUCCACUAUAGGAUUUGGCUUUGUGCUCGACAUGGGAUUUUUUGAGACGAUAAAGCUGCUCCUUUGGGUUGUAUUCAUAGAUUGUAUAGGCGUUGGUCUUCUAAUAUCAACUUUAAUGUGGUUCAUCACUAACAAGCAUUUAGUGAAACCACAGAGCAGAGACUAUGACGUGGAGUGGGGCUAUGCUUUCGACGUGCACCUGAACGCCUUCUACCCGCUCCUGGUCAUCUUGCACUUUAUCCAGCUUUUUUUCAUCAACCAUGUUAUCUUAACAGACACAUUUAUUGGAUAUUUCGUUGGAAAUACCUUAUGGUUGAUUGCGGUUGGCUAUUAUAUAUAUGUAACCUUCCUCGGAUACAGUGCAUUGCCAUUUUUGAAAAAUACAGUAAUUCUUCUCUAUCCAUUUGCACCUCUCAUUCUACUCUACGGGCUGUCACUAGCACUCGGAUGGAACUUCACCCAAACACUGUGUUCUUUCUACAAGUACCGAGUGAAAUGAAAAGAAAAAGUGAGAAUAUUAAAUCUUACCUAUGCUUACAGUAUUGGUACAGUGGUGGCAGUCUGUUGUAAAAUUUGUAAAUAAAUUACCAUUGUAGAUAUCUUAAAGGUGUAAAGUUUGCAAAUUUGAAGAAAUACAUGUAAACACUAGUACAUUCCUUAAAACUAAUGAAAUGUACAUUUCUGUAAUAAAGAUUUUUCAAGCUAAAGUAUGUACUGUAUGCAUUGUAAUAUCUGCACAUGCAAGAAUGACGUACAAGGCACUAAGAAGGGCAUGGGGAAAAUAGAUGUGUCAGACUUUAGUAUGAACUGAGCAUUCUCUGGAAGGAGAAUCCGCUUGGAGAGCCUGGUGCUGAUCAUGUGUCUCCCUGGCUGUUGCAGACGAGGUGCAGUCAGCCUCGUUUCUGACAGGCCUUUCAACAUAUAUAGAGACCACGUGGUCCCACCUAAGCUGCAGAAGCCACCUUGCCCUGCAGCAUCCCUUGGGAGUCACCGCACCACAGGCCUUCAGUGUCGCUAACAGCAUUUUCUGUGCCCCAUACAACAUUAGACCGAAGUGACCAUGGUGGCUGCUCUUACCUGGGGAACUGCAUAGUGUGUGUAACAGACUGAACACCUGCGUAAUGAUCAUCACCGUCUUAUUGUUCUUUAAAGACUUUCCAAAAACCCAAAUGGAGGAUCCACUUCUAUUUUCUAAAUGAAACUAGAGCAAACUAUUGUGUAUCUGUGCUGAGCAAAAUUAAUAAUAAAAAAAAACCUAGUACUCA